UUUAUAAUUUUAAGAUUAUUAUUAAGAGUGAAUGUCAACCGGAAGUGUCGCUGCCGCCAUCUACCGGAAAGUCGGUUGUCAUUCACUCUGACGCAACACCGAGAGCUGGCGUGGGGGUGCGGACGGUGCGAGACUGCGACGAGCGUGGCAGUUCGAAUGGAGCAGUCGACCCGUUAGCAUCUAUUGAGCGCUACGUUUUCGGUGGAGUGUCUAAGUGUUAAAGUGAUUUCUUACAAGUGUAUGUACUUCUGUUACAAUAAUUAAGAUACAGAAUAUAUUUUGUGAUUACUACUAAAGUGACAUUUCAUUCUUCUCGCCCAACUACCCACUCCCGAAUAAUAUCAAUCAUGGAGUCAAAAGAUGUCUCGGAUACGCCUGACGUUCCUUCAUCAGAAGUGGGAUGCGAAGGGCAUUCACAAAGAGAAGAAAGUAAUGCGCACGCAGCAUCGUCGCGCAGUUUACUGUGCAGCAUGGAAGCGUUGUUAUCUCGCCUAUUGAAGACACCGGUUUCGUCGGAAGAUACAAACCGCAUGGCAACGCAACUAGUGCGGUUCGACCCGGAUGAAAAAGAUGCAGACAUAGAAGGUUGGUGCAAGAUAACAGAAAUAGUUGUGAACAGCAGAAAACUAGACGGUGCAGAACUUUUGUUAACGCUCACACACGCUUUAAGAGGCCGGGCAGCUACAUGUUUGACCAAAUUGAAAACUACGCAAUUGACAUGGAUGCAAAUAAAGGAGUUGCUUGUAGCAAAAUUUGGAAGACCAAUGUUACCGCAGGACUACUUCGAUGAGAUAUUAAGAUUCCAAAUUGGUUCAAAAGAAAGUGCAAGUGAAGCUGCAACACGUGUCUGGAGCAUGAUUGAGCGUAUACCUCGCACGGAAAUGGCAGAAGACGUCAUCACGGGAUUUGUUGCGUCUGUGCUGUGCCGAAAGGAUGAUUUUAUACGACGUGAGCUGCAAUCUUGUAAUGUAUCUACUAGGGCUCAGUUGUUACGAGUUCUCAAUGGUAUUUCGUUAAAGCGUAAAUACGAAGGGCAGGAUAGUUAUGAAUCAGGAGCGAAAAGGAGCCGCUAUAACGAAACACGUUUUUCUGGAACGUGUCACUGGUGCGGAAUAUCAGGUCACAGAGCCGUGGACUGCCGUAAACGCCGCGAAGCCCCUGUCACCAGAGCAACUUCGAAGACAACUGAGCAAUCAGUGAAGACGCAAGUUCAGUCGCGCCCUGUCGUCUGCUACGUGUGCGGUCAACAAGGGCACGUUGCAUCGGUAUGCCCGGAUCGCAAAGUGAACAAGGAGACACCGGCGGUCAGAGAAGUACACCUUUGUGAGCGGAGGCCAGCCACAGGCAUCUUUACCACUUCCACCGUGUAACUCGACGCCAAGAGAAUAAGAUCAGCACGAGGACGUGCUAAUGUCAGUCUGGCCGUGACGGCGCAUUUAUAAUUUUAAGAAUAUUAUUAAGAGUGAAUGUCAACCGGAAGUGUCGCUGCCGCCAUCUACCGGAAAGUCGGUUGUCAUUCACUCUGACGCAACACCGAGAGCUGGCGUGGGGGUGCGGACGGUGCGAGACUGCGACGAGCGUGGCAGUUCGAAUGGAGCAGUCGACCCGUUAGCAUCUAUUGAGCGCUACGUUUUCGGUGGAGUGUCUAAGUGUUAAAGUGAUUUCUUACAAGUGUAUGUACUUCUGUUACAAUAAUUAAGAUACAGAAUAUAUUUUGUGAUUACUACUAAAGUGACAUUUCAUUCUUCUCGCCCAACUACCCACUCCCGAAUAAUAUCAAUCAUGGAGUCAAAAGAUGUCUCGGAUA